AUGAUUAUUUCAAAGCCUAGCUUCUGCGUUCUUUUGGUUCUUCUCACGACAUCAGUUAGUUCAAAAGAUUCUGAAGAAACACACGAAGAUUUCCUUUGCCAACUGCUUGAUCCCACCUCCGGAUUGUUGGAUGAGGAUACGGUACAGCAAUUACGGACCACUUGCUCUGUGGAUUUGAUUCAGCUGAAGGAAGAAGUUAGAAACCUUGACUUAUGCUUUCCACAUGAAUCAUCAUCCAGUUGCACCAAUGAUAUUGAUUCAUUUUCAGCACGAGAAAACAUCCAAAAAUUGAUUAAUGCUUGCCAUCCUCAGUUGAAGCAAAUCUUUCUUCACUGUUUGAGAAAGAAUAAUCUUCCACUCCGAAGUGUAGCCGGUGAUGAAAAUGAUGAUUCCAGAUCCAGUGAUCCUAGAAGAAAUCUGGAUGAUAAAAAAGAUAAAAAGAAGAAGAAGAAGAAGAAGAAGAAAAGUGACAAUAGCAUGGUUAUAAUUGCUGUUGCUGCAGCUGGUGCAUCAGUGACGCUACUAGUUGUACUGCUGUGUGUUUUGUGCUGCUGUUGUGCUGGUAAAAGCCAAGUUAGAAAAUAUGACGAGAGGCCCCUUCUCAGCGUGAGCAGGAGUGACUACUCUUCUACAGGUUCUUCUCCCAAAUAUUCUUCUGGAAAUUCAGUAAGAGAUCAGAAAUUUGGGUUUCAAUCACAUGAUAAUAAUUCAAUCGACCACAAAAGGACCUCAUCUCUUAAUGGCAAUUUUCCUGUUGGAUCUGAUGUGCAGGAAACUCCCUCACCAGCAUUUGCUGGUACUGAUGCUGCUGCCAGACCAUCAUUGGACCUGAAGCCGCCUCCUGGUAGGGUGGGAAUCAGCCCUUUGAAACCUCCACCUGGAAGGCCAGAUCUCCUUUCCCCUGAGCUACCUUCUAGUAAUUCCGCUACUUCUACUCCUCCACCUCCUCCUCCUCCUGCACCCCCCCAGCCACCCAAAACUGCUGCUGGACCUCCUCCUCCUCCACCACCAGCACUACCUGGCGCCAAAAAAAGUGCUGGUGCACCACCACCACCACCAACUCCUCAGAAUGGUAAAGGUCCUCCUCGACCACCUCCACCACUUGGUGUAAAGAGUGGUCCACGCCCUUUAGUUAUACAGAAAAAAUCAAGAGCUACAGAAUCUGGAGGAGCUGCAGAUUCAGAAGGUGGUGGUGCUCCUAAAGCUAAGUUAAAACCUUUUUUCUGGGAUAAGGUUCAAGCCAACUCAGAUCAAACAAUGGUUUGGAAUCAGCUUAAAGCAGGAUCAUUCCAGGUGGAUGAAGAAAUGAUGGAAACACUUUUUGGCUAUACCAAUACAGAUAAAAGCAAAGGUCCAGCCAAGAAAAGAUCUGCCUCCUUGGAUCAGGCACCUCAGUUUAUCCAGAUCAUUGACUCAAAGAAAGCACAAAAUUUGUCAAUUCUAUUGCGAGCUCUGAAUGUGACUAUGGAAGAAGUUUAUGAUGCACUUAGUGAAGGGAAUGAGCUUCCCUCAGAAUUUAUCCAAUCCUUGCUCAAGAUGUCACCCACAUCUGAGGAAGAACUUAAGCUUAGACUUUUCAAUGGCAACCUCUCUCAACUUGGGCCUGCCGACCGGUUCCUGAAAGCCCUUGUUGAUAUUCCAUUUGCUUUCAAACGACUGGAAUCACUUCUUUUUAUGGGUACUCUUCAAGAGGAGCUCACCUUCACCAGGGAUGCUUUUGCAGUUUUAGAGGUGGCUAGUGCAGAACUAAAAGGAAGCCGGCUGUUCCUGAAGCUUCUAGAAGCUGUUCUCAAAACUGGCAACCGUAUGAAUGAUGGAACAUUCCGUGGUGGUGCACAAGCAUUUAAACUUGAUACACUCCUUAAAUUGUCUGAUGUUAAAGGAGUAGAUGGCAAAACUACACUCUUGCACUUUGUUGUUAAAGAAAUAAUCCGAUCUGAGGGCAUAAGAGCAGUUCGUGCGACAAAAGAGAGCAAGAGUUUCUCUAGCAUAAAAACAGAUGACCUGUUAGAGGAAGUCUCCACUGAAUCUGAAGAGCGGUAUCGGGAACUUGGUCUUCAGGUGGUAUCGCGAUUGAGCAGUGAACUUGAGAAUGUGAAGAAAGCAGCAGCUCUAGAUGCUGAUGUUUUAACAGGAACUACUGCAAAACUUGGGUAUUCUCUCUUGAAAACCAAAGAAUUCUUAAACAGAGACCUCAAUGAGCUAGAUGAAGAAAGUAAAGGAGGGUUUUAUCAGACAGUUGUGAGUUUUGUGGAGAAUGCUGAAAGUGUUAUCACGAGCUUGCUGGAAGAAGAGAAGAGGAUCACAGCUAUGGUGAAGAGUACAGGUGACUACUUCCAUGGGAACAGCGGGAGAGAUGAAGGGUUAAGACUGUUUGUGAUUGUACGAGACUUCUUGGUCAUUCUGGAUAAAGUAUGCAAGGAGGUUGGAGAUGAACAGAAGAAGGCGGCGGCAGCAAAAGCUCCUAAACAAGAGCCUCCCAAGGCUCCUUCUACUGAUACUCGCCCACCACCACAUAAGCAGCUUCUUUCAGGGUUAUCAGAUAGGAGGAUGGAUGACUUUAGUUCAGAUGAUGAGAGUCCAUAGAACUUUGGUAAGUUGGCCAUAUUUUUGGUACCACCUCCAUACGAAGAUUUAACCAACUCUUUUCUUUUGUCAAACUCUGGAAGUGGCAUUUCCAACGUAAAAUUAUGUUCAUAACUACAUGUACAGUAACUGACCUCAGAGGAGCUGACAUCAGACAAAGUAAUUAACACUAUCAUUCAUUAAGGGAAGACGAAGAUCCUUUAGGGAUUAGCUUCACCGGUUACA